UUGAUGUUAUUUAUUAGGUUUAACUAAAGGGGAAAAGUAAGUUGUGUUAAAUACAGUAGGUUGCAACUUGAAAUAUAGAUUUGUUAAUAAUAUAACAUAACAGUUGGCGUUGAAUCAUAUAUUUGGUUUCAACCAAUUUCGUUUUUAUUUUAUUUAUUUAGAACAUAACUAAUUUACUUGUAACUUGUUGAAGCAUAUCUUUUUUUACAGUACAGGCCACAUAGGCACCAAUUCCUAUCGGCAGUUUUAUGGAUGAUUAGGCCUACAUUUUACAUCUCACAUGUGGGCUAUAUUAUAGGCCCAUAGCCAACCUAGACAUAUUUAUUAAGUAGCCUAUAUGGACCACAGCUACGUAAAGGCAACUCCGAACACUGGUGGUAUUAAGUUGAUGUUUAGAAUAGUUCAACAAAAAAAGUGUAUGCAGAACAUCUCACAUGGGUCGGGCCCACUGUCCUCCAUAUUUUGUCCUCGAGCGCUUCCUCCCUCUUAUCCUCAUCCAUCCAGCCCUGCACUUUUCCCUAGAAUGGUAUGCCCCAGAAUGGUAUGCCCCGGCAUGAGCCUAUUGAUGCGAUAUGUCUCCUCCGUACCCUCUGCUAGCUCAUUAUUAUUCUUGUCCGCACUCUGCAAAGCCUCGAAUGUGGAUUGGACGAAAAUGUAGGGUACAUCUCUAAGAUGAUGCUAUACAAGUAUAGUAUAUGUUGUAUAAAUGUCGACUAGUCACUGUAUAUUUUUGAAUUAGGCUACAGUUGCCUUGUGUGCCUGGCUACGUUGGAUUAACUGGAGAAGCUAGGAUCAUCGGUCGCGCCCUUGUGGGCUUUGACUUGUCUAUCAUAUUCACAGGGAGUGAGUAUCAAAAUGAGGGACGCCGAAGGAGUCGUUUUUGGACAAGAUGCGGACAGAAUGGUUGGGGCAGUGCUUCGUAGGAUGCUGAGGCUUUUCGAUGGUGGAUUCUUGUGGAUGGGAAAUGCUCCCUAAUCUUCCCUGCCCUCCUCCUCCCUCUCCCGAAAACCCCAAUCCAUCUCUCGUUCUCACUUUCUCCAUCACUCCCUGGUCGCCAUGACGUCCGCGCUGCAAACGCUGGGGCUUAAGCUGGCCCCGCCCCCUCAGGACCUAAACCCUGAGCGGUUGGACGGCUCCUGCGAGGAGACGGGCCGGCGCUACAAAGUGGUUCCCUCCGUCGUGUGCUCCAUGUGUUGCCUCUUCGGCAUCAUCUACUGCUUCUUCGGCUACCGUUGUUUCAAGGCGGUGAUGUUCCUGACGGGCCUGAUGUUCGGCUCCAUCGUCAUCUUCCUGUUGUGUUAUAAGGAGCGCGUCCUGGACACCCAGCUUAGUGUUGAGGCCUCUGUGGGCAUCGGCCUGGGCAUCGGCACCCUCUGCGGCCUGGUCACCAUGCUGGUUCGCUCCGUGGGUCUCUUCAUGGUGGGUCUCCUCCUGGGCCUCUUGGUGGCUGUGGCCACCCUGGUGGGCAUGGAAGAGCUGUCCAACAGCCCCCCGAGGUCUGUCUGGGUCCCCCUGGGGGUGCUGCUCGGCCUGGGCAUGCUGUUCGCCGUUCUCACCCUCCAAUGGCAACGCUUCUUCACCACCGUGUCCACGGCCGUGUUCGGGGCGGCGGUGAUCACCGUGGCGUUGGACUACUUUGUGGAGCUGUUUGCCCUGGUGCUGUACCUGUACGAGAGGGUGAAAGCGGCGCCCAGGGGGAGACCCGUCUGCUGGAUCACCUGGGUGGUGCUGGGGGUGUGGCCUGUUCUGACGCUCCUGGGGGUGCUAAUACAGUGGAAGGUGACAGCAGAGGGAUACUCCCACACCAAGGUGAUCAUCAGUCGUCAGCAGCGGCGGGUCCAGCUGAUGCGUAUCCGUCAGAAGGAGGAGCGGAGGGACCGCAGCAGGAAGAGGAAGAUAAGCAACAGAGAGACUCCACCCACAGCUCUCACCCUCCCAAACCCCCUGCACCCCGAGCCCGCCUAUCGCAGGAAACCCAACCCUAUACGACGCUUUGACGGGGACGUCCUAUCGCCUAGUUACAUCCAGAGUUUCCGCGACAGACAGGUGGAGGCCAGGCCGUAUCCUGGAGGGGGCAGACUGAUGGGGGGAGGAGGGGCUCACACCAAUGUGGAUGUGGACUAUGACUGCGGCUCCACCACGCCCCUCACUGAGGCUGCAGGCCCUUUACUACGAGUCUGAACACUCCCCUAACCACUGGUCUGACCACACCCCCAGAAACCUGUACAGCAGUAUGAAUCUGGCAGCCACAUCACACCCCCCAAAAGGUGUGACCACACCCACAACCCACCUGUGCUGCAGUAUUGUUCCGACCACACCCUUAAACGAUGUGACCACACCCCCGUAGGCCUGUAUUGCAGUUUAAGUCUGACUGACCACUCCCCCACCACAAUGCUGGAGCCAAUCAGAGUAUGUGAAUAGUAAAGGCCUGAACUCCUUUUUCUGUUUCUCACACACACACCAGCCACAUGCAUGAAAAUACUGUACACACAUCCACAAACACUGCAGUGGAACUGGACCUGGUGGACAGAGAGAGAAAUACAGGGCCUCCAACUGGAUGGAUAGAUAACCGUUACCUGAGGCUUCUCUCUCUCCAGCCAGUCUCCAUCAGGACACAGUUUUAAAGAAGCAUGGCUCAGGUUUCGAACGAGGCAUCGUUUUACCACGGACACCGGAUUACAAUCCUCUCUCUUCAGGAUUUUGAAAAGAUUUUAAAGUGUGUCUACUGCUCGGCAGUCUUAAUUCCUCAAAUCGUUCCCUGUCGUCAACAGGCAGUUCCUUUGUACUGCAUUUCUACGGUUCCAUCCUUCUAUGGAGUUGGGACCUUCUGAUGAGAAUUGACUAGUAAUAAACACCCCCUGCUCUGUGCCAUGCUCUGUGCCAUGCAAGCCCAACAACAGAUCACCUCCUGGGAAGGAGAAGAAUAUGUGUCUUUUAAGAGGAAGCAUUAUGCAUUCUUGGUGCUGGAUGAUAUCCGUCUUUGGAAAGCAGGUUGAAUUCCCCCUUCUUUAACGGAAGGUGGGAGAUCCGGUGGAUUUAUGGGUGCCUUGUGAUUGCCCUUACUUGGACUGUACCAUUCAGCGGUGGGAUAGGGGUUAUCGGCAGUGGUCACUGAAUGAGACAUUUGAGAGACUAUGUGAUAACGUGCUAUAUUGUUAUAGUGACAGACAAAGUUGUUGCGAUAGGAAUGAGGGUAGGCCUAUGUCUAGCAGAGGAGCAACAGUGAACCAAUCAGGGAGCAAGCAAGGAAACAGUGGAUGGCGAUUGGUCUAACCUGCCCGGGGCUCUACCAAAAGGAACACUACAGGAAGUCAGCACGGGGUCAGUAAGGGGUCUAUAAAGAGUUCAAAACAGAAAGGGGUCAGAAUAAACGAUCGACCAAUACAACGAAAGUAUUGACCACUCCCCAUCCACUCUACAGAGAGGACCAUUCAGGUCACAGAGGAUAGCCUAACAAAGAACCCCUACAUAAUGUGCAUUGGUGUUUUGAAUAUGGGCCAAAACAUUCUGUCUGUAGUGUAUCAGUAAAUGACAGGACGUCUAUGGUUUAUUCUUGUCUUUGACUCAGACUGUGAUAAUAUAAUACAGGCUUGUUGUUAUUAUUAGGAUUGCCCCCAUUGGGCUGUGGGGUCAGGACAUGGUAUAAGAAUCGGAAGUUCCUUUCCCAGAAUCUUCCAGGGGAAACCUACCUGGCUGCAUGACUCAGUGGUCCCUUCCUGUUCCUGUCCCCCUCUCUUAUCUGUCUCCCGUGGCAUUGUCCUCCUCACCUCACCAGACAAUGGUUCCUAUCCCCCUCUAGCCUGAUCGCCCCACAUCUAACAACCACGUGCAUAGUUCGUAACACUUCUCAUGAAUGGCUUCUUAAUAAUGCAUUAUAAGCACAUGUAUAAUGCCUUAUGAGCUAUGUAUAAUGCACAAUAAUGCAUAGAGAUUAAAUUGUUAUUCAUGAGCACUUAUUAUGCGCUUAUUGUACAUUAUGAAGAUGCAUUCAUAGGAAGUGUUAGCAAAUUAGCCUGAGUGCCAGUCUUGUUUAAGCCAUCAUGUCAACUCCUUGCCACUCAAUGUCUUGUCAAACAUGCUUUAGCAUGACAAUGAGUGACAAGGAGUUUGCUUGGUAGCACAAGCAGAUCUGGGACCAGGCUAUGACAGAGAUGGCGGUACAGCACAAACAGUAGAGAUGUGUAACUCCUCACUGUCUCCCUCCUCAUUCUUCUGACCUUCUGUCUUGUACAUAAACACUGUUACAGUACUUUUUUCCUUGUAUUUCUUGCUUAAUUUGAUUGUUUUAGUUUUUCUCAUGGGUUUAUUUUAGGAUACUUGAUUUUAUUUAUAUGAAAUAACGUGUCCUUUCUGAAGUACUGUAUGUAUAUUUAUUUAUCAGGUCAUUUAUUGACAUUUUGACUUCAGGAGUGCAGCCUCAUAAAUGUAGGCUGGUGAUAUUCCAUGCUUCUUAUUAAAAGUUAUUAUUAUUAUUAUUAUUAUUAUUAAAGCAUGUGUUUUUAUGGGCCUAUAUAUGAUAAACAAAGUGCUUCUACAA